AUGGAAAGUCUUGAAGAAAUCAAAUCGGAGAACGUAGAUCUUGCACAACUACCAUUGGAAGAAGUGUUUGAAAAAUUGAAAUGCACAAAGGAAGGAUUGACAAGUGAUGAUGCCAAGAAUCGAUUGGAACUUUUCGGUCCCAACAAGUUGGAAGAAAAGAAGGAAAGCAAAUUGCUGAAAUUCUUGGGCUUUAUGUGGAAUCCUUUGUCAUGGGUUAUGGAAGCUGCUGCAGUAAUGGCAAUUGCAGUGGCCAAUGGAGGGGGGAAACCACCAGAUUGGCCAGAUUUUGUUGGAAUAAUAGUUCUGCUUCUUAUCAACUCCACCAUUAGCUUCAUAGAAGAAAAUAAUGCAGGUAAUGCUGCUGCAGCACUAAUGGCAGGUCUUGCUCCAAAAGCCAAGGUUUUAAGAGAUGGAAAAUGGAAUGAGGAGGAAGCAGCUAUAUUAGUCCCUGGAGACAUCAUAAGCAUAAAAUUAGGAGACAUAAUUCCAGCAGAUGCUCGUCUCUUAGAAGGGGAUCCACUGAAGAUUGAUCAAUCAGCACUGACUGGUGAAUCAUUGCCUGUAACAAAGAAUCCAGGUGCUGAAGUCUACUCUGGGUCCACAGUAAAACAGGGAGAGAUUGAAGCCAUUGUCAUUGCCACUGGAGUCCACACCUUCUUUGGUAAGGCUGCUCAUUUGGUAGACAGCACUAACCAAGUUGGCCACUUCCAAAAGGUGUUAACAGCGAUUGGAAACUUCUGCAUUUGUUCAAUUGCGUUGGGAAUGCUAGUAGAGAUUAUUGUUAUGUAUCCAAUUCAACAUAGACCAUAUAGGAGUGGAAUUGACAAUCUCUUGGUGCUUCUCAUUGGUGGCAUUCCCAUUGCCAUGCCAACAGUGUUGUCAGUUACAAUGGCUAUUGGUUCCCAUAGGUUGUCUGAACAAGGUGCCAUCACUAAGAGGAUGACAGCCAUUGAAGAAAUGGCCGGAAUGGAUGUUCUAUGCAGUGACAAGACUGGCACCUUAACACUCAACAAGCUCACUGUCGACAAAAAUUUGAUCGAGACUUUUGCAAAAGAUGUGGACAAAGACACUGUACUUUUGCUUGGAGCUAGAGCAUCAAGGGUAGAGAACCAAGAUGCUAUUGAUGCUUGCAUUGUUGGAAUGUUAGGUGAUCCAAAAGAGGCGAGAGAUGGCAUUACAGAGGUGCAUUUCUUGCCCUUCAAUCCAGUGGACAAGCGCACGGCCAUAACAUACAUCGAUGCCGACGGUAACUGGCACCGAGUAAGCAAAGGUGCGCCGGAGCAGAUUAUAUCUCUUUGUAAUCUAAGGGGAGAUGUGAAGAACAAAGCUCAUUCCAUCAUUGAUGGUUUUGCUGACAGAGGCCUCCGUUCACUUGCUAUUGCUAGACAAGUAAUGCCAGAGAAGACCAAAGAGAGUGCAGGAGGCCCAUGGCAAUUCGUAGGCCUCCUGCCUCUCUUUGAUCCGCCUAGGCAUGACAGUGCGGAUACCAUCCACACGGCUCUUCAACUCGGAGUCAAUGUCAAGAUGAUCACAGGUGAUCAGCUAGCUAUUGGCAAGGAGACGGCUCGCCGCCUCGGCAUGGGAAGUAAUAUGUACCCUUCUUCCUCCCUCCUUGGCAAUGACCAGGAUGGUACCUUUGGUGGAAUUCCGGUUGAUGAUCUUAUCGAGCAAGCCGACGGCUUUGCCGGUGUCUUCCCAGAGCAUAAAUAUGAAAUUGUGAGGAGACUCCAAGAAAGGAAGCACAUAUGUGGAAUGACCGGAGACGGUGUCAACGAUGCACCAGCACUUAAGAAGGCAGACAUCGGAAUUGCAGUGGCGGAUGCGACCGACGCGGCGCAAAGCGCGUCGGACAUAGUCUUGACAGAGCCUGGUUUAAGCGUGAUUGUAAGCGCAGUCUUGACAAGCCGGUCUAUUUUCCAGAGGAUGAAGAACUACACAAUCUAUGCUGUUUCCAUAACAAUUCGAAUUGUCUUGGGAUUCAUGCUUCUUGCUCUUAUUUGGAAGUUUGAUUUCUCACCCUUCAUGGUUUUGGUCAUUGCCAUACUCAAUGAUGGAACUAUCAUGACCAUUUCCAAGGAUAGGGUGAAACCAUCUCCUACUCCAGAUUCAUGGAAGCUAAAUGAGAUUUUCACAACCGGCAUUGUUCUUGGAACCUACCUCGCCAUCACCACAGUCUUCUUCUUUUGGGCUAUUUAUGCAACCGAUUUCGUCUCGAACCAUUUCGGCGUAAAAUCGAUCCGAGGUAGCGAAACAGAGCUCACAUCAGCUGUUUAUCUUCAAGUGAGUAUUAUAAGUCAGGCUCUCAUCUUUGUUACCAGAUCAAGGAGCUGGUCUUAUGUUGAAAGGCCUGGCUUGUUGCUUCUCACAGCAUUUAUCAUAGCACAAUUGGUUGCAACAUUGUUGGCUGUGUAUGCAAACCUUGGCUUUGCAAAAAUCAAAGGAAUUGGAUGGGGUUGGGCUGGUGUCAUUUGGCUCUACAGUCUCAUUAUUUAUAUCCCAUUGGAUAUUCUUAAAUUCAUUAUCCGUUAUUCCUUAAGUGGCAAGGCAUGGAACAAUAUUACUGAAAAUAGGGUUGCUUUCUCAUCAAAGAAAGGUUAUGGAAAGGAAGAGCGCGAAGCGCAAUGGGCUCGUGAAGAACGCACCAGACAUAACCUAAAUCCACCUGAAGCCGCAGAUAUAUUGAACACAGGAAAUGAUUAUAGGGAAUUGACUGAAAUCGCAGAGCAGGCUAAAAAACGUGCCGAAAUUGCAAGAUUAAGGGAGCUUCACACAUUGAAGGGGCAUGUUGAGUCUGUUGUGAGGCUCAAGGGACUUGACAUUGAGACAAUGAAUCAAAAUUACACUGUUUGA